AUGCAGCCAAGUCGACUCAUUUUCCUUUCCGCGCUGGCGGUAAUCGCAAUGACUCGCCGGGUCGACCCGGACAGUCAAGAGGAGUUCUGGGAAACGAUCAAAGACAACAAAACCGUUAUCGCUGUCACGUUGAAUGAGGAGAACGCUGUGAACAGUCCCGAUGAAACAGGCAGAUGGCUGAAGUUUGUUGUGAUCUCCGAUACGCAUGAUCAACUGGGAGAGAUGAUGGAGAAAAUCUCGAUCCCCGAUGGAGACGUUUUGAUUCACUGUGGAGACAUGACGAAUCGAGGAGAAAAAGAGAAAUUGCAAGCGCUUAACGAGCAAUUUGAU